CGCAUAUAGUAAUUUUUGUUAAUGAACUAUCGAUGUUUCGGCUGUAUAUACUUAGACCAAUAAAUAAUUUAUUAAAUAUUUUCCAAUAUAUGGCAAAUUUGCGCUCACCAAAAUAAAUAAAUAUGUUGAUAUUCUCGCCUUAGAAGACAAUAUAUUUUUUAAUUUAUUCAACUUUGUAACAGUUGUCUUAAUUUUUAUAUUGAGUAGAGGCGAUGCGAAAAGAGGCAAAAGAAACAUUCAAUCUGAUUAAGAUCGGUUUAGGAGAUGUCGGCAUCACUGACAAAUUUCCAACUUUAAUACCUAUACUUAAAGAAAAUUUUUAACAAUUAAACAAAAAAACAUCGCGAAAAACAUACAAAACGGAUUUUCUGCUAUUAUAUUUUGUGUGGCUAAAUUUUGUGUCACUCCAAAGCUUCGGCGUGUGUGAAGAACUGCGCACGUCGUUUACAAUGUCUAGCAUUACCUUGCCCAUGUUAACACAUGGAGGUGCAAAUGAGGGAAUAACUGAAAAUGUUAACAAUGACAUGCGCACUGGAACUCUAACUCAUCUGAUGGAACAGCACAAUAUACCAAGAGAGGAAUUAUUAAUAAUGUCAAAUGAUGAGAACGGCUUUAUGUCGAGUGGAGCAGAACAAUUACGGCACCAAGGUAGUCGAUUACAGACCUCACGUUUCAUUUGUCUUCGGUGUUGCGGAAACUUCCUUACUUGUUUAGUGCGGCUGCGAAGUACUCCCGAAGAACAGGAGCAACGCUACAAGUCCAAAGAAAUUGAUCGAUUUCUAGAAAAAGAAAGGCAUACGUUUCGACGCCAAGUGAAGCUUUUGCUUUUGGGAGCUGGGGAAUCUGGAAAGUCAACUUUUCUUAAACAAAUGCGUAUAAUACAUGGGGUUAAUUUUGAUCCCGAUCUGCUGCGCGAAUACAAACAUGUGAUAUACCAAAAUAUUGUAAGAGGUAUGCAAGUGCUUUUGGAUGCUCGAAAAAAACUUAAUAUAUCGUGGGGCACUGAUGGUCUAGAACUCGACAUAAAUUAUACCAAAUUAUUGGAAUGCAAUGCAAUAGAGGCUCUUAAAUUUUUGGAAUAUGCGUCACUGAUUGAACGUUUAUGGAAGGAUCGUGGCAUUCGAAGAGCUUUCGAAAGACGUCGAGAAUUUCAAAUUAGCGAUUCAGUUAGUUAUUUUUUAGACGAUAUUGAACGGCUGUCUAAACCAGACUAUGUGCCGACACAUAAAGAUAUAUUGCAUUGUCGGAAAGCAACCAAAGGUGUAUAUGAAUUUUGUGUUAAAAUACAGAACAUUCCAUUCGUAUUCGUUGACGUGGGAGGACAGAGAACACAGCGUCAAAAGUGGACGAAAUGCUUCGAUACUUCCGUAACAUCAAUCAUAUUUCUUGUGUCUAGUUCGGAGUUUGAUCAGGUUCUUGCGGAAGACAGAAAAACUAAUCGUUUAGAGGAAUCUAAAAAUAUAUUUGAUACCAUUGUCAACAACAACACAUUUAAAGGAAUUUCAAUAAUUCUUUUUAUGAACAAAACAGACUUACUUGAGCAAAAAGUACGCAAUCCUGAGACUGACAUUCGCUGGUAUUAUCCGCAAUUUAAUGGAAAUCCACACUCACUUCUCGAUGUCCAAAAUUUUAUUCUACAAAUGUUUAUGAGCGUUCGUCGCACAUGUAGCUCCAGUACAAUCUAUCAUCAUUUUACUACUGCCAUAGAUACCCAGAAUAUACAUAUAGUCUUUAAUUCAGUUAAAGAUACUAUUCUACAACGUAAUUUAAACGCUCUAAUGCUGCAAUAGAACUUAUGGAACUACCGUUUGAGUUUUGACUAACCAUAUAUAUAAGCGAAUUUUAUAUGUAUGUGUCCGUUAACUGUAUAUAUACAUAUAACAUGAAAAGUGCUAGAUGUCAGAAUACUAAAUUUGAUAAGGGUCCUUCACCUUUAAUUGUUGUUACCUUUUAUACCGUUUCAAAUAUUAAAUUCUUUUGUAUUAAUUAAAUGUAUAUUUUAUUAGA